AUGAACCGUAUUUUUGGAUUGGGUGCUAAAAAAACUCAGGAUCAGCUUUUCCAGGAGUCCAAUAAGGCCAUGAACGAAGCUCAACAGUCGAUGCAACAACGAAUAUCGCAAUUAGAUACUCAAAUAUCCCAAUUGAAUGUUCAACUGCAGGCCAUGCAGCGUAAGAUUUCUACGACCAGAUCUGCUGCGGGACAGCAACCUCUGAGAGCCAGGGCUUCGAAAUUGCUUAAUAAGCGGAAGCAACUGGAAGCGAUGCGAGAUUCAUUGGACUCACAAUCUUGGUCGAUGAAUCAAGCACAAAUGACUAGUGAUAACUUAAAAAAUACCAUGGUCACCGUCAACGCAUUGAAACAGACCAAUAAGGCUCUGAAAUCGCAAUACGGUAAGAUAAACGUCGAAAAAUUACAAGAUAUGCAAGACGAAAUGUUGGAUUUGGUUGAACAAGGUGAAGAAUUGCAACAAGUUCUUGCCAUGGGCAAUGGAUUGAAUGAUCUGGAUGAAAUAAGCGAGGGUGAAUUGGAUGCAGAACUUGAGGCACUUGGCGAUGAAGCAUAUGGUGCAGAAUUUGACGCAGACGUGGAGACAACGGCGAUUCCGUCGUAUCUUUCCGGCACAAUGCCUCAAUUCAUAGAUGAAGAUGUGCCUCAGGAGAAACAGGGCAACCUUGAGACCGCAACGUGA